AUGGGUACAGAUAUCCGGCAUAUAAAUUGUGAGAAUUGUCAGGCAGAGAUUUUGAUCGUUUAUAGCUUUUGUAACAAUUGUGGAAAUAGAGUUGAUACUGGUAAGUAUACAUACUAUAAAAUUUUACUUUUUUAUAUUUAUGUUAUCAUUUUUAUUUGCGGAUUUAUAUUUUAUAAAUUGAAUAUUUAAAUAUACACCAUAUUAAUCUGUCAGUCAGUCUCGUAUGUUUGUGACAAGUCUGCCAACAAGCCGUCAACAAGAGGUAUUCGCACUGCUUGUCACAAGUUGUCAACAGGUUUGGAACAACUUGUUGACAACUUGUAACAACCUUGUCGAAAUUACCAGACUUGUUGCAAGGUUGUUCUGACAAGUCUGUUACAUGCUUGAUAUAACAAGAUUGUUACAACCUUGUGUUGACAACCUUGUAACAUCCUUGUUAUAUCAUGGCUGUAACAAACUUGUUAGCACAGUCUUGUAACAAUUAGGUUGAUAAUGCCAUCAAGCUUGUUACAAGUUGUUAACAGCUUGUUUCAAACCUGUUACAACAAACUGGGAACAAGCAAUGCGAACACAACUUGUUGACAGCUUGUGAACAGACUUGUGACAGCUUGUUUGCAGACUUGUUACAACUUGUGUGUUUUUAUGUGUGUGGUGUAGGUAUUUGUAUAUCCACUCAUACCUUGUGUUUACACUACAAGCCUUAAUUGGCCUAGCCAUGGCCAGACCAAGGUAAAUAUGUGGUGUGUUUACACCGUUGCACUGUUUUUUUAAGAAUUUUGUAAUUAAUUUUGUAUAUUUUUAUCUGUUGUAACGGUUUCUGCUGGUUGUCCGCUAAUCUCUCACUGUGGGGACACAUUGCCAUAGAAAAAAGGCCCAGGCCAGGGGCGAAAGUGUUUACAUUUCCACAAGCCUAGGCCACCAGUUGUAGUGAGCCCAGAUCUCCUGGCCUAGGUCAGGCCAAUUAGGUCUGUUUACACUGUCAAAAUGAAGGCUAGCAGUGUAAACACGACUAUAGAUAUAAGUAAAUAUACUCAAAGUCAGCAUCAUGUUCAUGUUAUGAGUGACUGGGAAUAUGCUUUGGAGUUUGGCCAAGGGGGUUAUGUUGUGGCCACCUGUCUAAAGGAAAGUAAUUGCAACCUGAACAGAUAUACCCAUGGGACAUCAUUUAUAAUACUAUAGUCAGUAAAGUGUUGGAUAUGGUGUAGAAUAGAGUUAGUAAAGUAUUUCAUUAUUAUUUCAUUGAUAACAGAUUAACAGUCUUGUACUGAAGAAAAAUGCUGCUUAAAUAUUGAUAAUAAUUUAUUAAAGGUGCUGCUUGAAUUUGAACAAGCUUUCAUUGGUAGGUUUGCAACUACCUGAAAAUAUAUAAGGAGAAUUUCAAGGCCCUUCAUCAGGAGUUACUAGCGGGGGUCGGGAAAAUUGCAUGAGCUUUUAUACUAAAAAUAUAAAAGCAAUCAUGUAACAAAAAAUAAACCAAUCAAGAUGGAUUUAGUCAAAACAUAUACUAUAUUCUUCAAACAUAUACUAUUAUUCAAAACAUACUAUAUUAUUCUUUAUGAUGACUUCAAACUACUAGACAAAACAUCAAUCUAAUUUCAAUUGUUUAAAUUUAUUAUUUACAGAGAAGGAGAUCAUUCAACAUUACUUCCAUCGUGGUUUUCCUUAUGAUGUCAUACUAGAUUUUUUAAGCAAACAUGGGAUAUCUAUUAGUUUACGCACUCUCAAAAGACGACUUCAGAAAUAUGGACUGAGGAAAAGAAACAGUGAUGUAGAUGAGGAGACAGUACGAAAUCUGGUUAGAAGUGAAAUGGCCAAUGCAGGAGAACAGUCUGGGUACCGUACAAUUUGGCACGCACUCAGACUGAUUCAUAAUAUCCACCCACCAAGAACAUUGGUUGCAGAAAUUCUUCAUGAACUGGAUCCUGAAGCAAGCAAUGCACGUAGAUCUCGAAAAUUGAAAAGGAGAAAAUACUUGUCCCCAGGUCCAAAUUAUUGUUGGCAUGUAGAUG